AUGCUGUUCUGGGAACCGUCCAAUCAGGCACGCGGCUGGAGCGGACAGGCUGGCUUCCGGAUUUGGCGGGGCCUUUGUCUCCGGCUGCAGCCGGAGCGCCCGCUCUUCUCUUCAGUGCUGCGUCCUCUGCUCCUGGAGGCCCGGCCUCCGUGGCCCGGUUACCCGCAGGUACUGGGAGAUGCACAGCUAAGACGCCGGGAACCCCUGAAGCCUAGAAAUGUUAUGUGUUAUUAUUUUGCCUGGCACCUUUGGCCAGAGCAGAACAUAAGAGAGCCUUUCCAAAAAGUGAUUCUAAGAAGAUACAGAAAAUGUGGACAUGUGAAUUUACAGUUAAGAAAAGGCUAUAAAAGUGUGGUUGAAUGUAAGCAGCACAAAGGAGGUUAUAAUGGACUUAACCAAUGUUUGAAAACUACCUUGAGCAAAAUAUUUCAAUGUAAUAAACAUGUAAAAGUCUUUCAUAAAUUUUCAUAUUCAAAUAGACACAAAAUGAGACAUACUGAAAAUAAACAUUUCAAAUGUAAAGAAUGUGGCAAAACAUUUUGCGUGCUUUCACACCUAACACAACAUAAAAGAAUUCAUACUAGAGUGAAUUUCUACAAAUGUGAAGAAUGUAGAAGAGCCUUUAACUUUGUCCUCAACGCUUACUAAACAUAAGAGAAUUCAUACUGGAGAAAAACCGUACAAAUGUAAAGAAUGUGGCAAAGCCUUUAACCAAUCUUCAACCCCUACUACACAUAAGAGAAUUCCUACAGAAGAGAAGCCCUACAAAUGUGAAGAGUGUGGCAAAGCUUUUAAACAAUCUUCAAACCUUACUAACCAUAAAAAAAAUUCAUACUGGAGAGAAACCUUACAAAUGUGAGGAAUAUG